ACCGCGCCAAAGCUCAGACAGCAGCCACUCUUCAGGAUAUCAACACACUGCGGAGGACCUUUAAACGCACUCUACUGUCGCUACGGCUACUCUGCACAUCGGAGUGUCCGGGUUUUUAUCACUUAAGUGGACUGUUUUCGUUUGUUUUGCUUGAGUCGAGACACAAAAUUCAGAUUUCAUGCCUCUUUUUGGGAAACCGUGUACGACUUCACGGUCGUGAGUCGACUUUGUCGGGCGCGGUGCGGCGGUGUUGGUGCACUGCUGGAUAUACUAUUCGCUUGAAACCAAAACGGUCCACACCAUCAUUUCUACUGCUCCUGAAUCCACUUAUCUCCUGACUUUAUUGCUUUUUCUGACUCUCGACGGGUGAAUAGGAAUCUUCUACGCCGGCUUUUCAGUGUGAAUAUGUUGUUGUCAAAGUUUGGUUCAUUUUCGCAUAUUUGCAAUCCUUCAAGUAUGGACCAUCUACCAGUGAAAAUACAGCUUCAGCCAGUUAAAGUGGAAAAGGAGUCUUUCGAAAAGGUUUACCAAGUGGGAUCUGUGCUGGGAAGCGGAGGUUUUGGAACCGUGUACGCCGGCAGCCGGAUCUCUGAUGGCGCACCGGUUGCUGUGAAACAUGUUGCAAAGGAGCGGGUGACCGAGUGGGGCACAAUUAACGGGGCUAUGGUGCCUUUGGAGAUCCUGCUGCUCAAGAAGGUCAGCUCGUCGUUUCGCGGAGUUAUCAAAUUGCUGGACUAUUACGAGCGAGCCGACGGCUGGCUGAUCGUUAUGGAGAGGCCGGAGCUCGUCAAGGACCUUUUCGACUUCAUCACCGAAAAAGGUGCCCUGGACGAGGACACUGCUCGGGGCUUUUUCCGCCAGGUUUUGGAGGCGGUGAAACACUGCUACAGCUGCGGUGUAGUACACAGAGACAUCAAAGAUGAAAACCUGCUUGUGGAUCUACGCACCGGGGAGCUCAAGCUUAUUGACUUUGGCUCAGGGGCGAUUCUCAAGGACACAGUCUACACCGAUUUCGAUGGCACGAGAGUGUACAGCCCACCGGAGUGGAUCCGCUUCCACAGAUACCAUGGUCGCUCUGCGACGGUGUGGUCGCUAGGCGUGCUGCUGUACGACAUGGUGUGUGGAGACAUUCCCUUUGAGCAGGAUGAGGAGAUCCUCAGAGGGAGACUGUACUUCAGGAGAAGGGUUUCAGCUGAGUGCCAGCAGAUGAUCAAAUGGUGCCUGGCCCUGCGGCCUUCAGACCGGCCCACUCUGGAGCAGAUUUGCGACCACCCCUGGAUGAGAGAGACAACAGAGUCACCCAAGUCACAAGAGGAGCCGGUCGCCGGCGAGAUCCGCCUCAGGACCAUCGACACAGACUCUUCGUCAAGCACAAGUUCGAGCAAGGAGAGCCUCUGAGGGUGGCUGUGAUGGACUGAAAAGACUUUCUGGGGAAAGAAGGGGUUUGGAUGGAGGGGUGAUGAUAUAGACUCAAGGCCGGCAGCCUGUAGCCCAACUGGCCCAUCAGCGGCUGGGCGCAUGACUCAGCUGGUCCGGCAAGAAAAAUGUACUUUAAUUUUCCUCUUUUGUAGGGAAUUUCUAAUUUAUUACUAUUUGUUCUUCCUAAUCUUAUUUUUCCCCACCCCCUUUUUAUUGGGGGGGAUUAUACUAGUUUCCUAAUAGGGAACAUUUUUCUGUUUGAGCGGUCUUACCAGCGCUAUUUAUUUUCCCCUCCCUUUUAACUUUAUUUUUCUCGUUUUGUUACUAGGUAUAUGCAGCUGGCAAGGCCCUCCUAUUCAGACAUGGCUGCUCUCAUAGAGCUUGGAGAAAAACCUUUUUAUUUAAAUGUUUUAAUUUUGAUUUUGUAGUGCCUUUUUUUGGAAAGCUGCUUUUCUGGAGGGGGGGGGGGCUUUCGUCAACAACUUUUUAGAUUUGCCCAUGGUCUGGUGGCUAAGUUGCCUGUGCUGCGAUGGAAGGGGGGUGGUUAGGCUGUGUGUUUUUCCCCCUCCUGCCCAUCACUGUAAGCCAACCAGCUCCCAGCCAAGAGGCUAAGAUAGCAUUAGAUUGGAGAGAAAGAGCGGGGGGUUUCUUCCUGACAAUGGAAUACUUGAAAAACACUCGACUCAACUCUGUGUCGCUCUCUUUAACGCUGCUCACUCACUCUAUAGCCUGAACAGGUGUUUGGAAACUGGAUCCUGUCUUUUCUGAAUGUCUACAAAAUGUCAACACACACACCUCCCCCCCCCCCCCCCACCUUUUCUCUCCCCCUCCCCCCAAGCCUGUUGCGGGGUGUACGGCCCUCUUGACUUUUCUUUUUGCCUCCCGCCAUCUCACUGCUUAACACUACAUGGCCCCCGCCCCUGGUCUCCCUCAGGGUUUGGGGAGUGAAAUGCACAAUCAAUGCAAUAUUCAUGGACUCAAUGAUGUGUUGUGUUUUUUUAACAAAUAUUGUACAGCGUGUUUUUUUUUCUUUUCUCGUGUUCAUUUUUUUCCUCCCUGUUUGCAUUUAAUUUAUUUGUAAACAUGUAGACAUUCCACACUCUGUGGCUAUUUAUUUAUUUAUUGUCUAUGCUUAAAAGCCCUUCUAAAUUUUGCAUAUCCUACUUUGCCCUUGUUUUGCAUUCCUAUAACUUAUUUUUACAUUUCGACAUUGUUUUUCUUUUAUUGUGUUUUUUGUUUUAGAUGUGGAGGAUGCACUGAAGCAGUUGUCGAUGUAAAGCAGAAUAAAACGAGUUUACUUAAAUUUGAAAAGAGCAUUUGAAUGUUAUUUAACGACUUUAAAAAGAAAAGUCUGUUGGUAAUGUUGAAUGGCUAAUUACCAGAUAAAUCCAUCUGGUUUCUGUGCUGUCAAGAUUAACUUUGAGUUCUAUGGAAAGCUAAACAACGGGUGGAACAGCUUUCGUAGUUGUCACAUAGCCUCAUAUUUUCAGUUUCGCUGUGUGACUUGUGGCUGUGAAGGAUGGAUAUUGCUAUUUUUUGAUACAAAAGUUUCAAUUAAACUCCCAUUUUUAUGUACAGAAA